GCCUUCUUCUUCUCUCAUCUCUUCGAAGGAGGAGCAGAACCUGAGACACGCAGCAGCAACAGCGGCUAUCUCUGCUUCUUAAUUUUGGGGUUUCCUUCUCUUAUGACAAUCGUCUUCCAGAUUCAAAACCCAUUUCCUCAAUUCCCCAAAUUUCGUGUCGAUAUCGGAAAAUUUUAGUUUCCACCGGUUGCUGUGGACUUUGAUUCAGUCGGGAGUCAAAGAUGCAUCCUCCAUUAACGUUACACAAGCACCCCAUGUGUGCUCAAAUCAUCGAGGAGUUUCAGAAGUGUCAUGUCGAUCAUCCUAUUGCAAAAUUCUUCGGUGAAUGUACAGAUCUCAAAAUACAGCUUGACCGUUGUUUCCGACAGGAAAAAGCUGUGAAGAGGAAGGCAAACUUUGAACAGAGUAAAAAACUCCGGGAAAGGCUACAAACUUUGAGGAAGGAAACUGCCGAGAUAAGCACUGAGAGUUCCGUGCAAGCUUAAUGGCAAACCGAGGCAUUCUUUUAGCGAUGAAAAAGGGACUAGUCUCUGAAGUAUUUCAUAUAGAUAGAUAUACUGCAGUGUGUUGCUACCACAGGUUAGUGACGUGAUGUGAUACACCUCAAUGUUGUGUUGCUGCUGAUGCUGUCCUUUAUUUUCUUUCAUUUUGUCGAACUUGUGUUCGAACGGUCUCCUUUGUUUGAGAGAAACAGAUAUGUAAACGGAUGUUCCAAAUCAGUUUACAAGUUUGAGGAAAUAUUAUUUGUCAACGAGGAUGUUCCGAAAUAAUUUCAAAGAGCAGCUUCUGUA